AUGAAUAGAGUUGGUAAAUGUCUUAUUUGUAGUAUGGCGGUAGCGCAUUUCGAACUGUCACUUUUUGUUGUCACAAAAUUGUCAGUCAUCGCUUCUUUCAAAACCAUACAAACUAUAAAGCACUUUUCAGCUAUGGUUGUGACUAGAAGCAAACUACACAAGACGGAUCAUUUGCAUGAUAAUGGCACUUUAAACAACCCCGAUGAUGUGUCGUCAGAAAAUAUUCUCGGAUAUGAUGAUACAUAUGUGAAACCACAUUAUGACAAACCUAAGAAUAAGAAAAUUACCUUUGACGAUGAUGGAGAGAGUAUACCUAAUGAAGAAUUAGAAGAAACUGAGGACCAGGAUGAUCUUGGUGAAUUGGAAGAGGGACCGGGGGAAGAAGAAGAAGAAGAAGAAGAAGAAGAAGAAGAAGAUGAUGAUGAAUCAGACGAAGCGCCAGAAGAAGAGUCUACUAGUGCCUCCAAGGAGCGACUCAUAGCAAAACAAAAACAAGAGCAACAACGACAAGCUGAAUUGGCUAAGCAAGCCAAAGAACGAAGGAAGUUGCAAAAUGAACGUUAUAAACAACAACAGUUAGAAAAAAAACAAAAGGAAUUGGAGAAAAAGCAAACUGAAGUUGACCAAGAGUUACCCGAGUUCUUACCCGAUGAUAUUGAAUCCAUACUUCACAAUGCCCAGAACCAAUCUUCUCUACAAGUGAAACCAAAGCAUACCCGACUCGAUGUACCUGGUGCUCACUUACUGAAAAAACAACAAAUUGAACAAAAAUUACGCGAUUUGAAAAAGAAUAAACUCAAUGGUGUCAAAAAGGGUCCUGUGUAUGUCAAGACGCAAACUUUCGGUACGGCUGUUAAAAUUGUGCCUCGCAGUGAAAGUAAGAUUUUGAAGAAUAAACAAAAAUGGUUGCAUAGGAAAUCAGUAGAUAGGAAAUGA